AUGGCGAAAACCAAGUGGGGCAUUGGCCGUCCGGCUAAAGGGACGACGAUGAACCAGAAGACAACAACGACACCUUUUAUCACUAUAGAGAAUACGGAGACUGACUCGGGACCAAUUGAAGCACCGCAGGAUGAGGAAGAAACUACUCGAGAAAAUCUGGUGACUGUGACGGUGGAAAUACCCAACCUCCUGGAGAUGGAGGCGAAGACCAACAAACCUUGGGUGGACGUUAUCCAAGGUAAUCGAAGCCUGAAUAAGGGAAUGUCUCUGGGGUACGUUGCACCUAUGAUGAGGGAUGAGGAGAUAGUCAUUCAAAUUGAGGAAGAUGAUGUGGCUGAAGAGCUUGAGUUCUGGAAGAAUGCAAUUGUCCUCUUUGCCUUAGGAGAAACACCAUCGAUGAAUGCGGUUAAAAAAUUUAUGGAGAAGACAUGA